UUCAACCACUCCAGUCCAAUGAUGUUUUAGAUUUCCCCGAAAUGACAGAACAAGAUUUAAUAACUUUCUUCACAGGUACAUAUCAACUGAAACAAUCAAUUUCAUAUUUGGCCGAGUUAAUUACUGAAGAUAAUAAAGUGGAUCUACAGUUCUUGAAAGAAACUGCAGACAUAAUUAAAAUUCAAGUUCGUUCGAGACAUAUAAAGGCUAAAACAUACAACUGUUACAUUCACUAUCAGCCUCAUUCAAUUGGUACCAGUGGAAUCAAACGCCAUUAUUGCGAUUGCGCAAAUGGUGCCAGAACAAUAGGAUGUUGCUCACAUGUAGCCGCUAUCAUCUACUACUUAUCAAAUGCAAGAUAUCUAGCUAAAAUUGUAAAUCCAGCAAAAAUACUAACAAACAUAUUUGAUUCCAAUGUUAUACCUGUUAUAAAUGAAGACAGUGAUGAAGAUUGAAUGCAAAAACGAUAUUAAACUAUUGCAACAGGGCCAUUUCGCUCCCUACAAAAAAUAUAAAUUACGAGGUCAAACAAUUAUUUCGACGUAACUCUCCAAUGCUCAAUCAAUAGUGUCCAAAUAGUGUUCCGUCAUCAUCUAGUAUAAC